UUUGCCUCGUUUGCAUCUCUCUCUUGCCGUCUAUUCACUCCGUUAAGAGUUCUAAAUCCUUGCUAGCAUCACUCUGAAUCUUCAGAAAGUUACGUAAGAUUCAAAUGCCAUUGUCGCCUGGUACUAAGCUUCAGAUUCGCUUCGUAAGAUCUGCUGGCCGGGGAAGCAUGUGCACAAGGCUUCAGUUCAUGGCAUCAGCCUUGUGCUGAUCAUAGGAGAAGAAGCUUUUAAAUCAUGAUAUUUUGUCUCAAAGAAGCAGCAUUUAUAAGCUCCUCUAUGAGGUAGUAGUAGUUAAGAGAUGGUAUUGCAAUUCAACUAUCUGUUGACAUGGAAGAGAUACCAGAUGAAGUUGAGCUUCCAGAGCAUAGAUACCCCAAUACUGCAUGGUGGCCUUCAGAUUAUGUUGAAAAGUUGGGAUCCGUUUCACUUGAUGGAAAAGAAGAAAUUAUGAGGAAUCGGGAACCAACUGAGAGAGAAUAUGAUAGGCUAUCCUCUCAGACUGCUUCCCAGAUUCUCUGGAAAACUGGAACACUUUCUGAACCUAUUCCAAAUGGUUUCUACUCUGUUGUUCCUGAGAAAAGGCUAAAGGAACUUUUUGAAGACAUUCCUACAUUGGAUGAGCUUCAUGCUUUGGAGCCUGAGGGUUUAGGAGCAGAUGUUAUAGUUGUGGACACCAAGAAAGACAAGAAGCUCUCAAUGCUAAAGCAACUCAUUGUUGCACUGGUGAAAGAACCGUGGUGUCCGGGCCAACUUGUGCGCACCUCGACUAAUUCCUGCUACUCCCACCAGCUCAAGUUCCAUGUGUCUGAUGUUUACAAACGACCAAACUCGGAACUAUGUCAUACUAAAGCCUCACAUGAUGAAGCCUCUCACAUUUCUGACAACCGAGGUGUCCAGAUGUUGGGUCAAAUAAAGCAUGGCUCAUGCCGUCCUCGAGCAAUAUUAUUCAAAUUACUUGCGGAUACUGUAGGUCUUGAAAGCCGGCUAGUUGUGGGUUUACCUGCUGAAGGAGCGUCCGAGUGUGAAGAAUCUUAUAAGCACAUGUCUAUACUAGUUGUGCUAAAUUCUGUGGAGCUACUUGUUGACCUUAUGCGCUUUCCUGGUCAACUUAUUCCACGAACAACCAAGGCUAUUUUCCUAACCCACAUAGCUGCUGGGGAGAGUGAUUCUGCAGAAAAUGAUUCCUGCGAUUCACCUCUGGAACCGAACAGCCCCCUCUAUGGGGUUUCAGAGAGAAACGAUACUGAUAGUUCUGAAAAAGAUGACAUCCUCCAGUAUCAGAGGAGAUUUGAAGCAUCUUCAGGUGCUGCUGGAUAUUCGUUGAGGAAUAUGAUGUUGCGUUCUAACACUUCAAUUGACAGAAAACUGAGUUUGUCGCAUAGCGAACCUAAUACUGCUUCAACGGUUUGGAGAAGAGGUCGCCGGAAAGUUAUAACAGAACCGAGGACUGCAAGUUCAAGUCCCGAGCAUCCUUCAUUUAGAGCACAUGGACGGUCCAUGCUUAGUGGUGAUAACAAAACAUUCAGGGAUUAUUCAGAUGAUGUUGCUACUUCAAGGUCAGAAGGUGCAUCAACAUCAGAAACACGAAGAUUACGAAGAAGGAGCAUUAGUAUAACUCCAGAAAUUGGUGAUGAUAUCGUAAGGGCUGUUAGAGCAAUGAAUGAAGCACUUAAGCAGAACCGACUCUUGAAAGAACAAGAGGAAAAUACUUCAUUUCAUGCUUCAAACAACAGAGAUUGUGCGUCAGAUCUGAAAAAGGAUAUCAGUUCACAGAAGGCAAUGUCAUUACCCUCAUCUCCCCACGAGCUGAGGAGGCAGGCUCCAGAAAGUAGUGGUCCGGACAGGACGAAUAAUGAAUUGUUUUCAACCUGGAACAGGAUUCUAGAAUCACAUAUGUAUCAGAAUAAGCCUCUUCUACCUUUUGAAGAAUGGAAUAUAGACUUCUCAGAGUUGACUGUUGGCACUCGAGUUGGCAUAGGGUUCUUUGGAGAAGUUUUCCGUGGCAAGUGGAAUGGAACUGAGGUUGCUAUUAAAGUUUUUCUGGAGCAAGAUCUUACUGCUGAAAAUAUGGAGGACUUCUGCAAUGAGAUCUCUAUCCUUAGCCGACUUCGGCAUCCAAAUGUUAUAUUAUUCCUGGGUGCCUGUGCAAACCCUCCACGUUUAUCAAUGGUUACUGAGUACAUGGAGAUGGGAUCUCUGUAUUAUUUGACCCAUUUAAGUGGUCAAAAGAAGAGGCUUAGCUGGCAGAAGAGGCUCAAUAUGCUUCGUGAUAUAUGCAGAGGGUUGAUGUGCUUACAUCGGAUGAAGAUUGUCCAUCGUGAUUUAAAAAGUGCAAACUGCCUCGUGAAUAAGCGUUGGACUGUCAAAAUUUGUGAUUUUGGGCUCUCAAGAAUAAUGACAGAUGCAUCUAUGAAAGACUUGGCGUCUGCUGGCACUCCUGAAUGGAUGGCUCCAGAACUCAUUCGUAAUGAGCCUUUCACGGAAAAAUGUGACAUUUUUAGCUUUGGGGUGAUAAUGUGGGAGCUUUGCACCCUAAACAGACCGUGGGAGGGUAUACCACCAGAUCGGGUAGUUUAUGCUGUUGCCAAUGAAGGAGCAAGGCUAGAGAUACCUGAGGGACCCCUUGGUAGACUAAUCGCAGACUGCUGGGCAGAGCCAAACGAAAGACCUAGUUGUGAGGAAAUUCUAACACGACUGCUAGACUGCGAAUACUCACUAUGUUAGUGUGUGAAUUCACUUUUCCUUUGUAUAGAGGAACACAUGGUAGAGGUGUUAAUGAUCUCUGGCUCAAGUUUUCACCUUUGUGUGAUUUUCCAGUUUCAGAAGAAUGUACGUUUUACCUACAUUGAAAAUACAAAAAUCUUCCUUCCUUUUUUGUUUAA